AUGACAGCCGCUGGAGUGCGGGAUGGUCACUUCAUUGACCCUGUCAUGAAGCGAAUAAGAUACGAUAAGGAUGUGGAGGAAGUUGAUACAUUACGAACCUUUCAGGAUUAUGAAGCUUCACUGCAAAAGAGUAAGCUGUCGGAUAAGAGUCCAGCUAAGGAGAAACCACGAAAAGUCACGAAAAGGAUGCUUGUUGAAGCGAGUGCUGUUCCCGAAGUUGAUUCCAAACAAAUACGUAAGGACUCUCCUUUGACUGGAAGAACUGUUUGUGUCCUGUACGGUACCGACGAACGGUUACGUAAACGUCUUAUGGAGAUUUUAAAGAAGUAUGGAGCAAAAGUGGUCGCGAAUCCGACGGCUGAUAUGAGCUUGGUGGUGGCUACAACGGAUAAACACCCUAAGACAAGGGCUCAGGUGCAAGCUGGCGAAGUUACGGUGCUGAAAUCAAAUUGGGUGUUGAGGUGUGAAGAGGAAGGCCGAGUCGUGAAAUGGUAAGA